AUGCUGGAAUGUGGCCAUCAGUGUCCUUCACUCUGUGGAGAAGUAUGUCCUGACAAAGCAUUCUGCCAGCAGUGUGCGAGUGAGGCUGUAAGGUCUGCAUGCGUCGAUUUCCUUGAGAUGAAAGAAUAUCACGAGAUCGACUUGGAUGAAGAGCCUUGCAUUUUCCCGGAUUGCGGGCAUUUCCUGACUACCUCGUCUAUGGAUGGCCAGAUGGGAAUGGGGGCAUACUACGACUUGGAUGAAGAUGGUCAUCCAGUACGACUCGGGAAGACUUCUGAACCUUUCUCGCUUGAUGAAUCGGGCAUUCCGGUAUGUGCCACCUGUCGGGGUUCUCUCCGAAACAUUGCCAGAUACGGCCGCAUUGUGAGGCGAGCCAUCCUAGACGAGUCGACAAAGAAGUUUAUAGCGUGGGCACACUCACAAUACCUCUCCUUGGCGACUCGCUUGCUCGAAGAACAGGAAGUUUUGGCGCAGGCGGGCCCUGGAAAGGUGCUUCAGGCCAAUGCAGCCUCUUCGGUGGCAAGAGGGCGAUAUGACUCCAUCAUCAAACUCUGGAGGGAGAUCAAAACACACGCUAACAGUGUCAGGGGAGAAGAGCAGCCGUUCAAGCGAGUGGCAGACUUUGUGCAAUUUGCCAAUCGCCAAAACAUGGCGAGUCGAGAGUUUCGAUAUGAUGAAUCCGUCAUCCAGGUCAAGGGGUCGCUUCUUGCAGACGCACUGCUACUUAAGUGCGAUAUUAUCAUCUUGUUCGACUUUCAUCGUUGGGCCAAAGAUGGGGGUCUGGCCCGAGUUGAUACAGAAGUCAAGCUGGAUUUGUCGCUUCAUUGGACUGAUUGUGCUAACCUCAUUGUACAAUCUUGUUCACUCAAGUAUGCCAGAGAAGAGGUUCAGGGGCACAUUUUUGCCGCGCAGCUCUGUGGGCUGUGUCUAUCGUUUGACGAGUGUACCAUGUGGCCCGUUGGUAGAAAUCUCAUGACAGAGCAAAACGAAGACAGUCUGAAAGAAGAGGCUUUGAAUCACAUUCAGAAAGCUCGCGCCUUAUUGGAAGAGUAUCCAUCCACGGCCAUGUUCAGAGAUGAGAUUGAUAGUGUUGAGGAGAUGAUUUGCGACGGCAUCUAUCGCCCGGUCACGGCAGACGAAGUGCGAGCUGUGUACAACGCAAUGUCGAAUGAGUUUCGGGGCACUGGGCACUGGUAUGUCUGUGAGAACAACCAUCCGUUUACUAUUGGGGAGUGCGGAAUGCCCAUGCAAGAGGCCAGAUGCCCUGAGUGUGGUGCCAGGAUUGGGGGCCAGAAUCACCAAGCUGUAGAGGGGACGAGGCAUGCGGUUGAUAUUGAGAAUCUUGCGAGAGGUAUGAAUGGAUUGAACAUGUAA